AUGGCGGAGGAUGAAGAUGUAAUCAAGAAGCAGGUCACGGCAACAUCCAAAGGCCACUCAGCGGUGGAGGAUUCCCAAAACAGGAAGAAAGAUACAAGCAAGAACAAGGAGGAUGGCACCAAAAAAGUACCAUUUCACAAGCUUUUCUCCUUUGCAGAUACCUUGGAUUACAUCUUAAUGUCUGUUGGUACAAUCAGUGCCAUUGGAAAUGGGCUCUGUACACCUCUAAUGACCAUAAUCUUGGGAGAGGUGAUUAAUUCUUUUCGAGGAACUGGGAAUAUCAAAGAAGUGGGGGAUGCAGUCCCCAAGGUGGCUGUAAAGUAUGUUUACUUGGCUCUAGGUGCUGGUGUUGCUGCUUUUCUACAGGUAUCUUGCUGGAUGAUUACGGGUGAAAGACAAGCUGCACGAAUAAGAAGUUUAUACUUGAAAACGAUAUUGAGGCAAGAUGUCGGCUUCUUCGAUACAGAAACGAACACUGGGGAAAUUGUUGGGAGGAUGUCGGGUGAUACUGUGCUCAUUCAAGACGCCAUGGGCGAGAAGGUAGGAACUGUUAUUCAGUUAAUUGCAACAUUUAUGGGAGGCUUUGUUAUAGCAUUUAUUAAGGGAUGGCUUCUUGCCCUUGUCAUGCUAUCUUCUAUUCCCCUUCUUGUUCUCGCUGGUGCGGUCGUGAGCAUCCUUACAUCGAAGUUGGUAACCCGUGGACAAGCUGCUUAUUCCAUGGCAGCAACUGUGGUGGAGCAGACAAUUAGUUCAAUUAGAACUGUUGCAUCAUUUUCAGGAGAAAAACAAGCUAUAGACAAUUACAACUCCUCCUUAACUGAAGCUUACAAUUCUUCUGUGCAAGAAGGUUUGGCGUCGGGUUUUGGAUUUGGCUUGGUUAUGCUUAUUAUGAUGUCUAGUUAUGCUUUGGCUAUAUGGUUUGGCGGAAAGAUGGUUCUUGAAAGAGGAUAUACAGGAGGAGAAGUAAUAUAUGUACUUUUCGCUGUAUUGACUGGCUCCAUGUCUCUUGGGCAGGCUUCUCCAUGCGUGAGUGCAUUUGCUGCUGGACAAGCUGCAGCUUAUAAGAUGUUUGAGACAAUUAACAGAAAGCCAGAGAUAGAUUCUUAUGACACUAAUGGACAGCAGUGCCAAGACAUCCAUGGAGACAUAGAACUGAGGGAUGUUUAUUUUAGCUAUCCUGCAAGACCGGAGGAAAAAAUAUUCCGUGGAUUUUCCCUCUCAAUACCUAGAGGUGCAACUGCUGCUUUGGUUGGAGAGAGCGGAAGUGGCAAAUCAACUGUAAUCAGUUUGAUUGAGAGAUUUUAUGAUCCCGAAUCUGGGGAAGUUGUUAUUGAUGGUAUUAAUCUCAAAGAUUACCAGCUCAAAUGGAUCCGACAGAAAAUAGGUCUUGUCAGCCGGGAACCCAUUUUGUUUACUUGUAGCAUAAAAGAUAACAUUGCCUAUGGGAAGGAUGGAGCAACUACAGAAGAAAUAAGGGCCGCUGCAGAGCUUGCCAAUGCUGCUAACUUCAUAGAAAAAUUGCCUCGGGGACUAGACACGAUGGUUGGUGAGCAUGGGACUCAGCUAUCCGGGGGCCAAAAGCAGAGAGUAGCUAUAGCUAGAGCAAUCUUGAAAGACCCAAGAAUUCUACUUUUAGAUGAAGCCACGAGCGCUCUUGAUGCAGAAUCUGAGAGGGUUGUGCAGGAGGCAUUAGACAGAAUUAUGAUUAACCGCACUACGGUCAUUGUAGCCCACCGUUUGAGCACAGUAAGGAAUGCUGACACCAUUGCUGUUAUACAAAGAGGGACAAUCGUUGAAAAAGGUCCACAUUCUGAGCUAGUUAAGGACCCUGAAGGAGCAUAUAGCCAGCUUAUAAGGUUGCAAGAAAUGAGCAGUGCUUCAGAACAGACUGAUGUGAAUGAUCACGAAAGGCGUAGUAGUGUGGAAUUGGAUUCCCAGAAUAGCAGCCAUCAUUCCCCCUCAAUCUCAUUUGAUGUGGCCCCUGCACUAGGUGUCCUUGAAGUAGCACCUAAAGAAUCCGAUAUUCCUGCUUCAGAAUCAUCAAUAGUACCUCCAGAAGUCUCACUUCGCCGCCUUGCUUACCUGUACAAGCCAGAGAUCCCAGUUUUAAUUUUUGCUACUAUAGCUGCAAUAGCCAAUGGGUUAAUCUUCCCUUUUUUUGGGCUAUUGAUUGCUAGUGUAGUCAAGAUCUUCUAUGAGCCGCCGCAUCAACUCCUCAAAAAUUCCAAGUUUUGGGCAUUAAUUUCCACUGUUCUUGGAGUGGGGUCUUGCAUAACACUUCCAUCAAGACAAUACCUUUUUGCUGUGGUGGGUGGUAGGUUAAUAAAACGAGUCCAAUCAAUGUGUUUUGAGAAGGUGGUUCACAUGGAAGUAAGUUGGUUUGACGAUCCUGAGCACUCAAGUGGUGCAAUUGGUGCAAGGCUUUCUACAGAUAUCGCUUAUCUCCGAGGGUUGGUUGAUGGUGCUUUUGGUUUGCAUGUUCAGAACUCAUCAACCGCAAUUGCUGGCUUGGUUAUUGCUUUUGUGGCAAAUUGGCCACUCGUUCUUAGAACCCUUGUUCUGUUGCCUCCUCUAGCAGUAAAUGAUUAUUUUCAAAUGAAGUUCGUGAAAGGAUUUAGUGCCGAUGCAAAGAAAAUGUACGAGGAGGCAAGUCAAGUAGCGAAUGAUGCUGUAGGGAGUAUUAGAACAAUUGCUUCCUUUUGUGCUGAAGACAAGGUGAUGCAAUUAUACCAGAGAAAAUGUGAAGGCCCUAUUAAGACAGGGAUAAGACGAGGGUUAAUCAGUGGGAUCGGAUUUGGUCUAUCAUUCUUUUUGCAAUUUUCCCUUUUUGCCUAUAUUUUUUAUGCUGGAUCGCAACUUGUUGCAGAAGGCAAGACAACAUUCUCUGAUGUUUUACGGGUUUUCUUUGUUCUCACUAUGGCAACUGUUGGAGUGUCUCAAUUGGGUUCCCUUGCCCCCGAUUUAAGUAAAGGAAAGAGCUCUCUUGCGUCCAUAUUUGCAAUCCUUGACCGGAAAUCAAAAAUAGAUUCUAGUGACAACUUCGGAACAACUAUAGAGAAUGUGAAGGGAGAAAUUGAGUUACGCCAUGUGAGUUUCAAGUAUCCAACUAGGCCUGAUGUACCAAUCUUCCAGGACCUUUGCUUGACCAUCCAUCAUGGCAAGACGGUUGCUCUGGUUGGAGAAAGUGGAAGUGGGAAAUCGACAGUAGUCUCAUUGUUGCAGAGAUUUUAUGACCCUGAUUCGGGUCAUAUUACACUGGAUGGAAUCGAAAUCCAAAAGCUACAGCUCAAGUGGUUGAGACAGCAAAUGGGACUGGUGAGCCAGGAGCCUGUGUUGUUUAAUGAAACUAUCCGAGCCAACAUUGCAUAUGGAAAGGAAGGGGAUGCAACAGAAGCUGAAAUUAUAGCUGCAGCAGAAUUGGCAAAUGCUCACAAGUUCAUUAGUAGUUUACAACAGGGUUAUAACACAAUCGUAGGAGAGCGGGGUAUUCAAUUGUCCGGCGGACAGAAGCAAAGGGUGGCAAUUGCAAGAGCUAUAAUGAAGGCACCAAAGAUUUUACUACUAGAUGAAGCCACAAGUGCGCUUGACGCUGAACCAGAAAGAGUGGUUCAAGAAGCGUUGGACCGAGUCAUGGAGGAUCGAACCACAGUGGUGGUUGCUCAUCGGUUAUCCACGAUUAAGACUGCAGAUUUAAUCGCUGUGGUGAAAAAUGGAGUGAUUGCAGAGAAAGGAAAGCAUGAAACGUUGCUCAAUAUCCAGGAUGGCAUUUAUGCUUCUUUGGUUGCAGUGCAUGCAAGUACCUCAUCUUAGAAAGCCCUUCUAUUCUUCUUCCGAACAACUGCAAGUAAAAAAAUAAAAUAAAAAACCCAAGGAAGAACAGUAUGUAAUAUCUUUUAUGCAGUAGAACAAUGCAACCUCCUGUAUGUAAAGUUUGUUUGAUUUCCAUAAAUUUCCUGCUCUUAUAACCCUAAAGUGUAAGAGAAAUUUACC